AAUAAAGGUUAGACUGCGGCUUAUAAUUCCCGUCCACACCAUUUUCCCUUCGGCGGUGAAGGGAGCUACUCCGAUGUGACGAUCCUACUCAACCUGAAGGGACACACAAGACACACAAGUCGCAGGCACACACAAACGUGUCCUACCUGAACCCUUAGGGUAGUAAAGUCACCACAUAGUUAUACCUUAUUCCUUUUCCUAUCCCUCCGCCCAAUUCCCCCUCCAUCGUUCCUGUUGUCGAAUAUUCACCCCCUAGAAAAUAUCGACAACAUGGCGGAACCAACAAACACCCCAAUGCCAACGGCGCCGCCAACCCCACGCUCCACCUCCCCCGCACUCGGCGCCACACGCCCUGGCAACACACUCAGUCUCCCCAAACAUAUCGGGAUACCUACGUUAACAUCCUUGUCCGUGCUGGGGGGUCCGACGGGGAGCAAGCCCGUCGUGCUGCACAUCGGGGAUCCCGUCAAGUACAACCCGGAGACUUACACGGAAUUCGCGGGUCAGUUCGAGGUCGUACGCCCGUCCGUCGAUGAACGUCAAAGGCCCGCCUUCAUCCAAGCCCUGCGCGAGAAGCGUUGGGGGGACUUUUCCGCCAUCUUCCGCCCCUUUUGGGGUACCGGUGGCGAGAUGGGUAAUUGGGAUGCGGAACUCAUCUCUCUACUUCCUGAUAGCGUCAAAGUCUUCGCUAGCGCCGGCACUGGCUUCGACUGGGCUGACACGCAGCUUUUGGGUGAGAAAGGUAUCGUAUACUGCAACGGUGGCCUUGCUGCCGCGGAGGCUGUAUCCGACUUCGCCCUCGCGAUGAUCAUUUCGACGUUCCGCGUACUACCGUAUUGCAUCUCGUCAGCAGCAACAGCCGACAACUUCCAGACGUGUCACGCGAGCGCCACGACGCAAUCGCACAAUCUGCGUGGCCGUGUUCUAGGGCUCGUCGGGCUUGGGAACAUCGGCCAACAAAUUGCGCUUAAGUGCAGCGCCGCUUUUGGUAUGGACAUCGUAUAUUACGAUGUCGAGCGCAAGCCGCCCGCGCUCGAGACUCGGUUGCGCGCGCGCUAUGUGAACAGCCUCGAGCAGCUUGCGCGUCAAUCGGACUGUGUUGUGCUAUGUGCGCCUGGUGGUGCAGGCCAGAUUAUUAACUUAGAGAGCCUUAGGUGGUUCCGGCCUGGUGCGCGCCUUGUUAAUGUCGCACGAGGAUCCCUCGUCGAUGAUGAGGCGGUGGCCGAUGCGCUAGAACAGGGCUGGCUCAGCAACGCUGCCCUCGAUGUCCACGCCACCGAGCCUAAUGUUCAUCCUAGGCUGCUGGCACUUGCAGGAACCAAAGCUCUCCUGACUUGUCAUAAUGCUGGCGGUACUGUCGAAACCCAUAUCGGCUUCGAGGAGCUCGCCAUGCGCAAUAUAAUGGCUGUGCUGGCGGGCGGACAAGCUAUCACACCGGUUAACACACGGUGGUUGAGUGGUAAUGCCACAUCAUGAAAGGACGCGACUGGAUAUAUGGCAGGUUUACAUCGGCCAAAAAGACAAAGUAUGCGUUACUAAACAGCAAUACGGCGUUGAAUGACUCGAAGAUAUAUGUUUCUUGACAUUUCUAUUUUUCUUUUUAGCGAGUGAGCAAACAAGCGAGCAAAUGAACGACAAUCUAACAAAAUAGCGAGAUUUUACUCGGCGGGGAUCAGAUACCCAUAGAUGGAAGGGAACGGAGCAUCUGUAGAUAGGGGUUUGGGGUUUAAGGGGGAGUCGGGCGGGGGUAAAAACGGAGAAGUGGUGUUGUUUGCGUGAGGCAAAAGAUAUAUUCCAUUUGCUUUUACCUGUAUGAAGUUAUAACCACAUGAAGUAUAUAUCAAGUAUAUACGAUAUAAAGUAAAUGCCAACUCUGUAUUCUGAUGGAUUAUGUAGCGCCGAGAAUAGGGGCUAUGGUUAAUGGGCUAUAGUUAGGAGGUUGUGUUAGGAGGCUAUGAACGGUAGAUUACGAGGUAUGUUAGGAGCAUAGGGGAUAGUUGUCAGUUCAUCUCUGAAUGAUACGUAUAAGAUAGGUUGUUGUCAUUGAGUGUAU